GACAUGACAAGGAAUGUCUUAUACCAGUGAAGCCGCUGCGGCUGCACCUCUCACAUAACCAGAGGAAAAUGAGGACAGUCGUUCUGACUGAUGGCUCUGUGGAAGGAUACUGAGUAUACUGAGAACAAUACGUCUGAAGGAUUCAUGGCUGUUAGGCUCGCUGCUGCCGUCAAUCUCUGAACGUUAGUGGUCACGCAAGACGGGGAAAGAUGUACCUGGCCCACACGGCUCACUGGCAGUUCAUGGGCCUGAUGUUCGGGACCCUGGCGUGGAUUCUCAUCAUGGCCACGGCCGGCCUCAACGACUGGCGCAUGUGGAACGUGGCCAACGUGUCGGUCAUCGACUCGGGCGUGGCCUGGGUGGGAAUCUGGAGGUCGUGCUUCUACAGCCACCUGCUCCCCAGCAUGGAGAACUGUUACACCAUGAGCAUCUCGGACCCCUACGUCCCGACGGAGAUCUCCGUGGCUCAGGUGCUGAUGAUGCUGGCCGUGACCUCCGGCCUGGCGGCGAACAUCACCGCCAUCGUGGCCAUGAGGAUGGUUUACUUCACCAUGCAUUACCGUAGGAACAUCAGGCUGGUGUUUGUGCUGGCCGGAGCCCUGUACCUGAUCACGGGGACGCUGCCACUGGUGCCGCUGGUGUGGACCCUGAGCGCCGUGCUGAACAACAGCACCAUAGACUUUCCCCCCGAGUCCCAUUUCCCAUCUGCUCCGGUCAGGCAGCACGCCGGCAUGGCCAUAGCGGUUGGCAUCUCCGCCUCCAUCCUGAUGAUCUUGAGCGGCCUGGUUUUCCUCUGCUACCGGUACGCGUGGCGAGACUUGAGCUCGGCGGCCCCCUGGCAGCACCGCGUCGACCGUACAGAGGCCGGACUGCCCCAGAAACCUGGACUGUCAUACGGAAAGAAUCAUGGCAUCGAUAAUCCCGUGUUCCGCAGUGAACAAAUCUCAUGAUGGCAAAAUCAACAUCAUAAAAAAACGACUUUACAACUUUUUCCAUCAUCUUUAUCUAUGACAAAGAAACUGCUGCUAAAAAAAACACUUUAUGCAUAACAACACUUUAUUGUGAUUGUACUGUGAAGUGUUUUUGCCACGAUGUAAUAGUUCAGUAUUUUAUUACACGUGGGAGCGUCACUGCAAGUAGUCAUUUGAUGUGUUAUUGAAAUAUACCGUACACAGUAUGUUAUUGCUACUUUAAUAUUUAACUGUAAUAAAAAUAAAACCGCAGAUAAAAUCCCA